AUGGCGUGCACAAUAUCCUCCACACGACCCUCAGCCCCCGAGGUCCACACAACCGUCAACUUGCUCAUCAAUAAUCUCGUCAACAUCAAAGAUGAGAGUGGUGAAUUCCUUCUCCAUCUCGCGGACGGGCGUAUCAUCGACACCAAAUCCUGGCAAGGGUGGGAGUGGACGCAUGGAAUCGGCUUGUACGGUCUCUGGAAAUACUACGAAUUGACCGGGGACGAGCGUCUCAUCAAGAUCAUGGAAGAUUGGUUCUCUGCUCGGUUUGCAGAGGGUGGCACAACGAAGAAUAUCAACACGAUGGCUGUGUUUCUGACGCUCGCCUAUCUCUACGAAAAGACUGGCAACCCGACAUAUCUCCCGUGGCUGGACGCAUGGGCGGAAUGGGCCAUGUAUGAAUUGCCUCGCACUCGCUAUGGUGGCAUGCAGCACAUCACAUAUAAUCGCGAGAACUAUCAGCAGCUCUGGGACGACACGCUGAUGAUGACUGUGAUGCCCUUGGCCAAGAUUGGAAAGCUGCUAAACCGUCCCGAGUACAUCGCAGAAGCGAAACGACAAUUUCUCGUGCACGUCAAACCGGCUUCUUCUUCCAUGGAUGGACCUUCGAAGAAGGGGGGCAAUUUCGCCGACGCUCGUUGGGCGCGGGGAAAUAGCUGGGUGACCAUUGUGAUCCCCGAGAUCAUUGAGCUCCUCGAGCUGGACAUCAACGACCCGAUCCGAUUGCACUUGAUUGAUACCCUGGAUGGGCAGUGUCGCGCUCUCCAACGCGUGCAGUCUGAGUCGGGCUCUUGGCACACCCUUCUGGAUCACCCAGAUUCCUACCUUGAAGCCUCCGCCACUGCCGGCUUCGCUUAUGGAAUUCUCAAGGCAGUGCGCAAACGCUAUGUCAGCCCAGAGUUCCGCCCUGUGGCGGAAAAGGCCAUUGCCGCGGUCAUGAAGGAUGUGGACCCUCAAGGAGAGCUCCUCAACACGAGUUUUGGGACCGGGAUGGGUGAUAAUCUGCAGUUCUAUAAGGACAUCCCCUUGACCUCGAUGCCAUACGGGCAUGCGAUGGCUAUUAUGGCGCUUGGUGAAUAUCUGCGCACCUAUCUCUGA